CAUAUUUAUUCUUCACACAAUCAUUAAAAUCAUGCAUUUUGCUUCAUUUGGAAAGUCAGCACUCGACAACAACAUUCGCAAGUUCUUAACGUUGGAUUAUCGCUACAAUCAAUUAGUGAUAUUAUCAAUUCGUUCUCCUAUUCAUUGACGAUUCCUUUACUUAGCCGCCGUAGUAGGAUUCUCUCACCUCUCAAAAAUUCCCAAAAGGUUUCUUUGGAUUCUCACCUGUUUAUGGAGAAAGUUGAGCAUGGCACCUUCAUCGUUUAAGAAGACAUAUGGUGGAACACAGUCAGCUAACAUGGAAGUCUCUGGAACUAUGGUCAAAUCUUUGCACAUCCUUCCUUCUCCUUUAGAAGAAAAGUUUACUCUAUUGCCAGAUUCACCUCAAGUUUUUUCUUCUGAUUCUAGAUGCCCUACUAGAAUCCAUUAUUCCCCCAAUGGAAGCGAAUCAAUAAGUUCGACAAUAUAUUCGUUGUCGCCAAAAGAGGGAGAUUCUUUUAUGGAAAAUCAACAUCCUUACUCAGUUAUGCAAUCUUCACAGUUAGAUGGCUUGGCCAUGAAGAACCACGAUGUCUCCUGGAAUGAGAUCGAGAACUUCCUCGAUACUCCCCUGGAAGUCCCUGAUCAGGACGGCCAAAUCGAGACAUCAAUGGUAGCAGAAGACCACGCUAAGAAGACUAAUUGGCAGGAAUGGGCCGAGCAGUUGAUCACAGUUAACGAUGAGACACUCAAUUCGAACUGGAGUGAUCUUCUUAUUGACGGCAAUCUUCCCGACUCGGAGCCAAAGCUGCUGGAUCUGCCACAUAAUGCAUCUUCACACCAGCCACAGAUCCAGCGGCUGCAACCUUAUCACGUGCCAAGUGUGAAUGAUUGUCCAGCAUUAGGCUCUUCAACUGCACCCUCGAGUAAAGCACGAAUGCGCUGGACGCCAGAACUUCACGAAGCUUUUGUGGAUGCUGUGAAUAAGCUUGGUGGUAGCGACAGAGCUACACCGAAGGGUGUUUUGAAGAUCAUGAAUGUUGAAGGCCUGACGAUAUAUAAUGUGAAAAGUCACUUACAGAAAUACAGAACUGCCAGAUAUAAGCCAGAGUCACCAGAAGGAACUCCAGAAAAGAAGCUAAAAACUGCAAGCGAUAUGACAUCCCUCGACUUGAAAGCAACUGUUGGCAUAACUGAAGCUCUCCGGCUGCAGAUGGAAGUACAGAAGCAGCUACACGAUCAACUUGAGAUUCAAAGAAAACUGCAGAUACGAAUUGAAGAACAAGGGAAGCGUCUCCAAGAGAUGUUCGAGCAGCAAAGAAAGCUGGAGGAAGUGCAAGGGAAAACCUCAUCCUCAAACGCGGGUAGACCUCAAACGCCAGCGAAACAAACACAGCCUUGCUCUGUGGACGACAAGCCAGAAUCAUCACAAAACAACACUGCCUCCGUGAAAGAAGUGGCGGCUGAUGUCUGCUCUUCAGCAGAUGAAGAUCAAAGUAAGAAGGAAAUGUCAUCUGACAACAGCCGUGCACCCUGUAGUCCUCCCUCGGGACUAAUCAAGGUUGGUGAGACGGGCGCCCUUGGAUCGCCUGAUGAAUUAUGACAUAUACUCUCUUCAGAAAGUGAUUUCUGAUGGGAAUUCUUGAUUGUGAUGCCAACUAGAAUAGCAUGAAGAUUUGAUUUGAAGAAACAGAAUCUAUUGUUACUUGCAUUUGUAGAUAUUUAUGCCCUGCUCUGAUUCUCAUUGUAUUCGCUGCAGUUUUGAAUUAUGACAGUUUCCUUCAUAAAGUGCUAAUGACAGUGUUUUCUUGAAAA